AGUAGGCCUUGCUCUGCUUUGUAUUCUGUACUCUGUUCUGGCCGGCGCAACAAGGGCGCCGCGACAGCUCUCGUCUUACCCUUCCUCUCCCAUUCACGCCUGCACAGCCGCAAGAUCCGCCACCGGCGACACUGGUGCUGCCUGCGCGUGCCUUUCCUCUCCAGCGCCGACCUUCCCUCCGGCGCUCCUCCCCGCCUAGCAUCGCCGUCCUCCUUCUUCCGCCCGGCGCCCCCAAGCUGCUCGCCGAAACGCCACCAAGGCCAAGCGGAUCCAUGGCGCAGGCCAAGCGGUACGUGCUGCGCCUCUUCAUCUCGCUCAAGUACGUGACGGCCAACGUGGUGGACCGCCAGAGCGGCCGCGUGGUGGUCACCGCCUCCUCCGUCGAGAAGCCCCUCCGGGACGGGCUGGAGUGCGGCCGCGCCUGCAACGCCAAGGCGGCGGCCGCCGUCGGCGAGGUGCUCGCCAUGCGCCUCCGGGUCGACGGCCUGGCCAGCGAGCCCAUCCACGCCGCCGCCGACAAGGAGGUCCAGAAGAAGGGCUUCAAGAACCGCACCAAGGUCUGGGCCAUCCUCAACGCGCUCCGCGACCACGGCGUCAACCUCCGCGUCGACGACGACGGGGACCACCGCAGCCAUGUCUGACGGACCGACAGAUAGCAGCAUCAGUGUUCAGUGCGUCCCGCAACUCUACUUCUACUUCUGAUGAUCUUGCCUCAAGCAACUCUACUUCAGUUAUUUAAGUGUAUUCUGCUGAUGUGUUGCAAGGUCACGACUGGAUUUAUUUAGCUUCUAUGUAAACAGAACAAAACCAUGAAUCUGAUUUUUGGUUAAGUGUA